AUGCCGUCCAAGAAAGUUGAGCCCAAGAUGCCUGAACCCAAGAAGGAAGCCACUCCAGCCCUAGCAGCCCCAAAACCGGCUCCACCACCAGAACCUGAAGCUCCGAAAGAACCUGACUUUGAUCCCAAGAGCAUCACGUUGGAGUACACCACAGACCAGAUUGAAGAGUUCAAAGAGGCCUUCCAGCUCUUUGACCGCACACUGAAAGGAGAAAUGAAGAUCACGUAUGCCCAGUGCGGGGACGUGAUGCGAGCUUUGGGUCAGAACCCGAGCAAUGCUGAUGUACUGAAGGUCCUGGGGAAACCCAGACCAGAGGAGAUGAACACCAAGCUGGUGGACUUUGAGACCUUCUUGCCGAUGCUGCAGCACAUCUCCCGAUCGAAGGAUAAGGGCAACUUUGAGGACUUUGUGGAGGGUCUGAGGGUUUUUGACAAGGAGGGUAAUGGAACCAUCAUGGGAGCCGAGUUACGACACGUUCUGGCCACACUGGGCGAACGCAUGACCGAAGAUGAAGUGGAUCGACUCAUGUCAGGACAGGAGGAUGCCAAUGGCUGCAUCAACUACUCUUCAUUUGUCAAACAUAUUAUUUCAGGAUGA